AUGGUACCGUACAAAGAGCCGAUUGUUUUUGUGAAGGGUGUUCAGCUGCUGCACUGCACCGAGCGAGUGGAUCUUUCCAGAAGUCCUCCGCGUCGCCACUUUCCCCAGCCACAGCACGCUGUGCCUCCUCCAUCCCUCCCGCACCCGUGUGCGUGCGACUGUCCUCGCUGCCUCGCUAGCACUCCACCCUCUCGUUCACUGACUCCGCUUCCAGCGCCAAAGCGACUCAUCUCUAGAUCCGCGCGAGUCCUCCUCUCAUGCUUCGCCACGCGCGCUCUCGCGGCCUCGCCAGCCUCCCGCCGCCCACGCGCGGCGUCGCGGCGAUAUGCGGCAGCCACAGUGCUGGUGGGUCGUCGCAGCGCGUACUCACGCGCCGAUCGCCGUCCGUUGCGCUACGAGAGCCCGUCGCGCACGGCGCACGGCCGCAUGCCGCAGCAGCAAGGCGGCAGUGCAUUGACUCUUUCGUCCUCCCCGCUCCUGUCGUCGCUGCCACACGCUUCGCCCUGCGUCCCUCGCUUGUCGUUCACCCUUCGCCUUCCGCAAUUCCUUCCCACUUCCUUUCCCACUGCCCUCGACGGCUCGUCACUCCCCUUCUCCGCGUGUGCAGGCGACGGAUGCGCGACGGCCGCACCAUCAGGCGCGCUUGAGAUCCAAGGGGACGCGCGCACGCAUGCCUUGUCCACGCAAGUCGCGAACAGCCACGUCGCAGCAGCGGAGGUGUUGUGGAGAGCAGAGCGGUCAGGGGCGGUGUGUGGCGGUGAACGGGCAGCAGCAUGCUGUCACGCGGCAGCUGAGGGCGCAGAGAGGGCUGCCGGCACGCAUGGCGCAGCGCCCCACCCCCUCCACGCGCGAUCCCCUCUCCGCGCAUCCCCCCACGUCGCUCCACUGAGCCCCGCCCAUUCCCGUAGCGCGCACUGCAACCUCCACCACGCUUUCCACGCCGCCCCUCACUGCCUCUCAGCUCACGCCGCUCCAUUCGCCGGUGCCAAUCCAAUCGAAUCAGCCACUGCCACGUGGCAGCGCAGCUCGCUCUUUCACCGUGCCUUCCACGCGUCAGGUGCGCUGCCAGCUGGCGCCAGCUGUGAGAGCAUUGGGCCACAGCAGCAGUUCCAUUCGUUUUCCUCCCAUCUCGUCCGUUCCAUCCGCCCCUCGCUUGCCUCUCACUCCCAGGCACCGCAGCGGCAGCGGCAGCAGCAGCGGCAGCGGGGCAGGGGGCAGGACUACUAUGCGGUGUUGGGGGUGUCAAGGAAGGCAACGGCCGCUGAAAUCAAAAAGGCCUUCUAUGCGCUGGCGAAGAAGUACCACCCGGAUGCGAACAAGGACGACCCCAAUGCAGCCAAGAAGUUCCAAGAAGUGCAGCAGGCGUACGAGGUGCUAAAGGAUGAUGAAAAGAGGGCCAUGUACGAUCAGGUUGGUCCGGAGGCGUUUGAGGGGGGGGCAGCGGGGGGCCCGGGCGCAGGGGCGGGCGCUCAGGGCUUCGGCGGAUUCUCUGGCUUCGGAGGGCCGUCGGACUUCGAAGAGAUGCUGGGCGGCAUCUUUGGGCGCAUGGGCGGCAUGGGCGGCAUGGGCGGCAUGGGCAUGGGCAUGGGCAUGGGGGCGGCGGGGCCGAGGGGCGGCGAGAGUGUGCAGAUGGCGGUGAGGCUGACGCUGAGGGAGGCAGUGGACGGCUGCUCGCGCCACCUCUCCUUCUCUGCUCCCGUGCGCUGCUCCUCCUGCAGUGGAUCAGGCAUGCCCAAGGGGUACCAGCCCACCCCGUGCAAGGCGUGCAAGGGCCAAGGCAUGGAGAUGCGGCGAAUGGGGGCGUCAGUGGUGAUGCAGACGUGCUCCUCCUGUGGCGGCCAGGGCGUCUUCGUCAAGGAGUGGUGCAAGACAUGUCAUGGGGAGGGCACAGUGAAGGAGAGGCGGGAAGUGGAUGUCUCCAUACCAGCAGGGGUGGACUCGGGAGUGACCUUGAGGGUGCCGGGGCAGGGAGGCGCAGGGGGGAAAGGGGCGCCACCUGGGGACCUGCUGCUGAACAUUCAGGUGGAGGAGGACGCGGUGUUCAAGAGGGACGGCAACGACAUCCACGUCGACCUGCACGUCUCCUUCCCCCAGGCGUGUCUGGGAGCAUCAGUGCCGGUGCCAACACUCUCAGGGGAGGUCAUCCUUAAGAUCAAGCCAGGCACACAGCCAGGCCAGGUGCUCCAGCUGCGCGAUAAAGGUACGCCACCUUGCAGUGCACCCACCCUUGCCCUUGCAAUCCCCCUCUCUGCCCAUCUGCUCCACCGUUGA